ACGGCCCGCUGGGGGUGGGAGAAGGCGGGACGAGACUAUAAACUGCUGGCUGGGGCUGCUUUUCCGUUGGAGGGCGUCAGCAUCGGCCUGCGGAGGUUAGGUUAACGGCGGACCGAGGAGGCUCCGGAGCUCUUCUGUGUGGCAGCUCAGAAUGAUGGAUCAAGCCAGAUCAGCAUUCUCUAACUUGUUUAGUGGAGAACCAUUGUCAUAUACCCGGUUUAGUCUUGCACGGCAAGUAGAUGGCGAUAACAGUCGUGUGGAGAUGAAACUAGCUGCAGACGAGGAAGAAAAUGAUGACAAUCACAUGAGGAGUAAUCAUUCCCAUGUUACAAAAUCAAGAAGGUUUAAUGGAAAUAUCUGUUAUGGAACUAUUGCCGUAAUCAUCUUUUUCUUCAUUGGAUUUAUGAUUGGCUACUUGGGCUAUUGUAAACGUGUGGAACCAAAAGCUGAAUGUGAAGAAAUAGCGUCUCCGGAGAGUCAGGAACCAGAGGAAACAGAUGAGUACCUUCCUGAAACACCUCCCCGUUUAUUUUGGUCAGACCUCAAAGCAAUGUUGUCAGAGAAACUGAAUAACGUAGAGUUCGCCAACACAAUCAAGCAGCUAAAUGAAAAUUCCUAUGUCCCUCGUGAGGCUGGAUCUCAAAAAGAUGAAAGCCUUGCCUUUUAUCUUGAAGGUCAAUUCCGUAAAUUUCAACUCAGCAAAGCCUGGCACGAUGAACAUUUUGUUAAGAUUCAGGUCAAAGGCAGUGCUCAAAACGCAGUGACCAUAGUGGCCGUGGGCAGUGGCACAGGAUACCUGGUGGAGAACCCUACGGGUUACGUGGCAUACAGCAAGAAUGGGACAGUUACUGGUAACCUGGUCCAUGCUAAUUUUGGCACUAAACAAGAUUUUGAGAGUUUAAGCACUCCUGUGAAUGGAUCUUUAGUGAUUGUUAGAGCAGGGAAAAUCACUUUUGCUGAAAAGGUUGCAAAUGCUGAAAGUUUUAAUGCAAUUGGUGUUUUGAUCUACAUGGACUACAGUGAAUUUCCCAUUGUUGAUGCAGAACUUCCACUCUUUGGACAUGCUCAUCUGGGAACAGGUGACCCUUACACACCCGGAUUCCCUUCUUUCAAUCACACUCAGUUUCCACCAUCUCAGUCAUCAGGAUUGCCUAACAUACCUGUCCAAACAAUUUCCAGAGCCUCUGCAGAGAAACUGUUUGAAAAUAUGGAGGGAAACUGCCCUCCUGCUUGGAAAACAGAUGCUUCAUGUAGGCUGGUAACAACACAGAAUAGGAAUGUGAAACUCACUGUGAACAGUGUACUGAAAGAGACAAGAAUUUUAAACGUCUUUGGUGUUAUUAAAGGCUUUGAAGAACCAGAUCGCUAUGUUGUGGUGGGGGCCCAGAGAGAUGCCUGGGGCCCUGGAGCUGCGAAAUCCAGUGUGGGAACAGCUCUCCUGUUGGAACUUGCCCGGAUAUUUUCUGAUAUGGUCUUAAAAGGUGGGUUUAAGCCCAGCAGAAGCAUUGUCUUUGCCAGCUGGAGUGCAGGCGACUUUGGAGCUGUGGGCGCUACUGAGUGGCUGGAGGGAUACCUUUCCUCCUUGCAUUUAAAGGCUUUCACUUACAUUAAUCUGGAUAAAGCUGUUCUUAGUGCCGGCAACUUCAAGGUUUCUGCCAGCCCACUGUUGUAUUCACUGAUUGAGAAAACGAUGCAAGAUGUGAAACAUCCAGUUACUGGGCUCUCUUUAUAUCGGGAUAGCAACUGGAUCAAAAAAGUUAAGAAACUUUCUUUUGAUAAUGCUGCUUUCCCUUUCCUUGCGUAUUCUGGAAUCCCAGCAGUUUCCUUCUGUUUUUGUGAGGACGUGGAUUAUCCUUAUUUAGGUACUACCCUGGAUACCUAUGAGGAACUGUAUCAGAAAGUCCCUGAGUUGAACAAAAUGGCACGGGGAGCAGCAGAAGUGGCUGGCCAGCUCAUGAUUAAACUUUCCCAAGAUUUUGAAUUGAACCUGAACUAUGACAUGUAUAAUGAGGAAAUACUUGAAUUUGUGAGAGAUAUGAACCAGUUUAGAACAGACAUAAAGGAGAUGGGUCUGAAUCUACAGUGGCUAUAUUCUGCUCGUGGAGACUUCUUUCGUGCUACUUCUAGACUAACAACAGAUUAUAAGAAUGCAGAGAGAACAAACAAAUUUGUCAUGAGGGAAAUCAAUGACCGUAUCAUGAGAGUGGAAUACCACUUCCUCUCACCCUAUGUAUCUCCAAGAGAGUCUCCUUUCCGACAUAUCUUCUGGGGCUCUGGCUCUCACACCCUGUCAGCUUUACUAGAGCACUUAAAGCUGCGUCGAAAAAAUAACAGUGCUUUCAAUGAAACACUGUUGAGAAACCAGUUGGCUUUAGCAACUUGGACAAUUCAGGGAGCUGCAAAUGCUCUCUCUGGUGACAUUUGGGACAUUGACAAUGAAUUUUAAAUGUGAUACCCAAGAACUUAAUGGUACCUGUGACUCGUGCUGGCUGUGCUAAAUUUUCAGUAGGGCUACAAAACCUAAUAUUGUUAAAAUUCUACCCAAAUUAUCUUGGUACUACUAGAUGUCUUUAGGCAGCAACUUUUAAUACAGGGUAGGUGCCUGCACUUCAAGUUAAAGUGAGUAACUAUAUUAAAAUGUUCAUAAUAGAACAUUGUCUCUAGAAUUUUAAGUGCUUUGUAAUGGCAACUGCUUCUUUCCUGUUACAGUUAUUAAAAAAAAAAUCAGAUCCAGUUACAUGAACUGUUGCUCUAAAUCCUAAUGACAUGAACUGGUAUCAUUUGAGUAGGAGGAGGAAGGUGAUAUCUGUUAAAGGUUAAAAGUGGUAGCUUAGUGUGAUCCUCCAUCUUCAUUUGAUGCUAGAAGGGAGGUACCAGGUUGUGUGAGACCUUAUCCUCCAAAUGAGAUAAAUGCCUUCUUUAAGGAUUUAGCUGGUUUCCACAUCCCUGGAUGAAACAGUUAGCUUUCAGAAGAGAUGGGACUUGUUUUCUUGCCAUCAAGGUCUAAAAUAGAGGUCCUUUCGCUAGAUAAAAUAAGGUUCAGCUCUUUAUCACAGAAGUAAUGCCUUAAUGUGUAACCUCAAGAUCAUCUGUGAAAAAAGGAGACCAGGAGCCAAAGACCUAGUUUAUAUUCUUUUCCUCUGUCCCCUCUCCCAUUAAGUCUUGUUUAGUUUUUUACAAGAUAUUUUGAAAGAGAACCAGUUUUAGGUGUUUAAUAUCAAACUCAGUUUGUCAGACUUUAAAGACUACACUGCCAAAUUUUGGUCAAAGUGUUAAGUUUUUGGAAAAGCUUUCUAUCAUUUUGGCUCUGAGAUAUUUAUUGUUUAUUUAUCAGUGACAGAGUUCACUAUAAAUGGUGUUUUUUUUAUAGAAGAUAAUUAUCGGAAGCAGUGCCUUCCAUAAUUAUGACAGUUAUACUGUCGUCUUUUUUUUUUUUUUUUUAAAUAAAAGCAGCAUCUGCUAAUAAAACCCAAUAGAUACUGGAAGUUUUGCAUUAUAAUGGUCAAUACUUGAGGGUUUUAGAUCAGCCUCAAAUAAAAAUUUUAAAGCUAUUAGAAAACAAUUGAACUUAAUUAGGAUUGCUAAUCAAGUUAGACUUCUGUUUAGCCAAGUAGAUAAAAAUGGUAGUUUUCCUAAAUGCAGUAAUUUGUGACCAAGUUAUGAAUUAAUGUCACUCAGGCUGUGGUAGUACUCACAUGCAAAAUUUAACAGCUCAGUUUAUCCAAGGUGUAACUUUAAUUUUGCAAAAUUUCCAGUACCUUUGUCACAUACCUAACUCACAUUAUCGGGAGCAGUGUCUUCCAUAAUGUAUAAAGAACAAGGUAGUUUUUGCCUACCACAGUGUCUAUAUCGGAGACAGUGAUCUCCAUAUGUUACACUAAGGGUGUACAUAAUUAUCGGGAACAGUGUUUCCCAUAAUUUUCUUCAUGCAAUGACAUCUUCAAAGCUUGAAGAUCGUUAGUAUCUAACAUGUAUUUCUAGCUCCCUAUAAUUCUCUAUCUUCUCGUUUUAGUUGCAGAAACAUUUUUAAACAUUUGGUGGGUAAAUUCAACCACAGUAAAAUAAAAUUACUUCCUUCAGCAUUCUUUUCUUUUUUUGAUUCAAAGGCUGUUUUUAAACUUAAUGAUUUAAACGUAAAGAUUCAAGUUUGUUUUUAAACCUGAUGUGUUUUGUUACAUUCGUGGUUUCUCUGGGUCUUCUGUUUAGUGGGGUAGUAGCAUACAUUUAUAAUGUUUGCUACUGACAAGUGAAUAUAACUUCAUUCCCUAUGUGCAUGUUAUCCCCUGUAGCCUUAGUUAAUACAAGUUUGAAUCCAGAACUGAUCUUUUAGCUUAAAUUAGGGGAAACUAGUAUAGGACGUCUGGGGGAGGGAGAGUGAGGGGUGUGGGCAGUUGAAGCUUGCAAAAGGAUUUUUGAUUGUGUCUACCUAUCUACCUAUUAUUAACUUAUGGUGACCAUAAGUUAAGUGGAGAUGUGAACAAUUAAGCUGAGGCUACAUGAGGAAAGACUUGGUUUUCUAUUUAACCUGGUAAUCAGCUGUUUGUUGUAGGGCAGUUCAAUACUGUGUCACCUAAGAAAACGCCCAUAGGGUCUCUUAAGGUUCUUUAAACUUAGUGUCACUUGCCUAAGUUAAAACAGAUCUAGAUUAUUACCGCCUCACUGAAUUGUUUCACUACUCAGUCUGUUUAGUCUUCACAGUGUUUUAUCUUGUUCAAUAUUAGUGUUGCUAAGUAAAAAGGUCAGAGCUGGGGUUCCUGGUUUGAGUAUUAUGCUUUAUCAUACUUUAAUAAAAGCUCAGUGACUUCAAGGCAUAACAUGAAUAAUGGGCAUACAUUUUACAGCAGUAAGUCUCUUCAAAAAACUCUUCUGUGGUUAAGGUUGAGGUAUUUCCAAUCAAACAAGCCAGUAAAGUAGUAAGAGGCUUCAUAUUCCUGAAUGAAAAAUAUAUGUAUGACUAUGUAUAUCUGCUGGUUUUCAUUUUUUUCUGGAUGUAGAAAUCAUGUGAAUUUUGAACGUAAAGGAUAAAAUGAGGGAGGUCUGUCAUAACUCCCUAUUCUAGAACGUGCACAAUCUUUACUGUGUUUCCUCUUUUAAUGUUCUUGAAAUUUUAAUUGGCUAAAGAUGACGUAUUAAUUGAACAUCUUAACCUACUGCUCAGCUCUAUCUUUGUAAAUAAGUGAUAUGCCCUUAGAAUUGUAUACAAGCUGGUAUGUGCAACAAUGUGGAGAUUCUUAUCUGAUUUAAUAAAAUGCUUGAACACUGA